ACAUCAUCUGGCAACAAUUAAUAUUUUAUGUCAUUUUUGUUAAAUGUCAAAUAAACUCUUGUCAAAAUGAUAGCUGUGUAAAAAUGCGUGUUUCUAUUGCGUAGAUUUAUAAAAAUUACAAUCAAUAAGUAAAAAACAUAGUAAUUAGUUUAAAGUGCUUUAAAGAAACAAAUUAACGCAAAAUGGUUUCAAAAAAGAAGAAGAAGUAUUCGUCCGGAGAAGGAGCGCAAUUUAUGACACGAAAGGCUGCACUGAAGAAACUACAGCUAACCUUAAAAGAUUUUAGACGUAUUUGCAUAUUGAAAGGAAUAUAUCCUCGCGAGCCACGAAACCGUAAACGAGCGCAGAAAGGUGCUGGCGGCAUCAAAACUUUAUAUCACACAAAAGAUAUAAAAUUCCUGUUACACGAGCCUAUAAUAUGGAAACUACGCGAACUGAAGGUUUACCAACAAAAAAUUCGGCGCGCUCGUGCCAUGAAGGAAUAUGGAAAAAUGAGAAAAUAUUUCCGUGACUAUCCAGACAUUAACAUUGACCACAUCGUGAAGGAAAGAUAUCCAACAUUUGUGGAUGCACUGAGAGACUUGGAUGACUGUCUUACCCUUUGCUUCUUGUUCAGCACUUUUCCAUCCUUAAAAAGAGUUCCAAGAGACCAAUCUAUGUUGUGCAGAAGGCUCACUGUUGAGUUCAUGCAUGCUGUAAUCACUGCAAAGGCACUGCGUAAAGUAUUUGUCUCUGUCAAAGGAUUCUAUUAUCAAGUAGAAUUGGAAGGCCAAACUAUAACAUGGAUUGUGCCACAUCACUUUUCAUUCCAGCCACAAAACAAAAAUGAUGUUGAUUUUAAAAUCAUGUCAACAUUUGUUGAAUUCUACACAAUGAUGUUGGGUUUUGUGAAUUUCAAAUUAUUUCACACUUUGAAUUUGGUUUAUCCACCAAAAUUGCCAGCAAGUUUCUCUGCUGAAAAAGACAAGGAUUUGAUUGAUGAACAUACCUAUGUAGCAGAGAGAAUAGCUGCCAUGAACUUGUCGUUAGCAAGAGUAGAAGGUGCAAAUGAAGCAGAGGAACUCCCUGAAAUUGAUGUAUUCCCCACUGAAGAUGAAGACCCCAAAAAACUUGAAGAGGCAAAACUUGAAGCAGAAAAAGUUAAAAAAUUAAAAACACUAUUCAAAGGCCUCAAAUUCUUCAUAAACAGAGAAGUGCCAAGAGAACCAAUGGUCUUCAUUAUACGCUGUUUUGGAGGUGAAUGCUCCUGGGACAAAGAUCACUUUGUUGGUGCUACAUUUGACGAAUCUGAUGAGACAAUUGCAUAUCAAAUUGUAGAUAGACCAAGUAUGGAAAAACAGUACCUUUCACGGUAUUAUGUACAACCACAAUGGGUAUUUGAUAGUGUUAAUGCAAGAACACUUUUGCCUAUCAACAAAUAUUUGAUGGGUGCAGUAUUACCUCCCCAUUUAUCACCAUUUGUGGACAAGAUUAAGGACCAAGUUUACAUACCACCUGAAGUUGCACAGAUGAACAAUCCUGACUUCAAACCACUUGAUGAUGAUCAAUCUGGUACUGACAUAGAAGAAGCCAGCGAUGAGGACAAGGAGGAGGAAAGUGAAGAAGAUUCAGAAGGUGAUGCUGAUGAGGCUCUAGCCAAGCAAUACAGAGAUGAAGUGGCUGAGGAUUCCCCAUCAGGAGAAGACAAUGAUGAUGAAGAUGAUAAUGAUGAUAUGGAUCCGCAGAAAAAGAAAUUGGCCAAGGAAAAGAAAAAAUCAAUGGCUGUCACUACCGGCGUCACAUACAAGGAGCAUCCUUAUCAAAAGGAGAUUGAAGACAAACAAGCAUUCAGAUUACGUGAAAAGCUUGUUCGCAAGAAACACAAGAAACUAUACAAGAGCAUGAAGGCUGGUCAGGAAGAACGAAAGAAGGAAAUAUGGUUGCUGAGGAAAAAGAGGCGCCUACAUGACGAGAAGGUCAAGGAAGAAAAGAAAGCAGAAAAAAAGAAGCAAAGGAUGCAAGCAUUUGAAGCAGCUACUGCCUGAAAUUAAAUAAAAUUUGUAACAAAA